CAUAUUAGAUUGUAAUGAACAUAAAACAUUUAAUUUUGAUCAAAUUGAAAAUAAAAAAUCAUAUGCAAAAUAUCAUAAGAGAAGAAUGUGUCAACAAAGUGAAUAUGUAAUUAUACAUCAAAAUAAUUUUUAAAGACUUCAACAUUAUGGAAGAUUAUACUCCCAUUGAUGAAGAUUUCCUUGGUCGUCUAUUACACCAAGCUGCUUUGUGGGAUAAUGCUGAAUUAUUGGAAGAUCUUUUGCGAGGAGAACAUGUACAAUAUAUAAACAGUCAAGAUUCAUGGGGUAGGACACCAUUACAUGCUGCAGCUAUUACCGAAAAUUCAAGAUGUUUGGAUGUAUUAUUGUCUGCUGGAGCUAAUCCAAAUAUUCCAUGUGGACCAAGAGGUCAUUAUCGAACACCCUUACAUAUUUGUGCAGAACAUGGUCAUAGUUCUAAUAUUGAAAAACUUUUAAAAUUUAAUGCUGAUUUAAUGAUCCAAGAUAAUAAUGGUCAUAAACCAUUAGAUAUAGCUGAAAAAAAUAAACAAGAUGUAUGUAUAAAUUUGCUUAAAGCAGCGGCUGAAAAAUAUGAAUUGGCAAAGCUUGCAACACAUGCUUCAUUACGAGCAAUAUGUAUUCAAGGAGAUAUUGUAGCAGCCAGAAAUAUUAUUCAAGAAAUUACCUCUGAUCUAGAAUCCAUUAUUAAUAUGGCACCUAAUGGUGCAAAUACUCUACUUUUUAUAGCAUGUGAAAUGGGUCAUAAGGAUAUAGUUCGUUUACUUUUAGAUCAUGGUGCAGAUUGCAGGAUACAUCCUGUUACUAAAUACUGUCCAUUAUAUAUAGCCUGUUAUAAUGGCAAAGUAGAAAUUGUAGAACUACUACUUCGACAUUUUCCUAAGCAAGUACAAUCUUUAACUGUGGAAAAAUGGUUACCAAUUCAUGCAGCAGCUAUAAAUGGUCAUCAUUUAAUUGUUGAUUUAUUGUUGAAAUUCGAAUAUCCACAACAUACGUAUCAACGUUAUAAAGAUUCAUCUGGAGAAUUUGAAUAUGAGAUGCCAUUUGAUAUUAAUACUCAAGAUGUGACAGGACAAAAUGUUCUUUAUAUAUCUAGCAUGCUUGGAAAUAUUAAAAUUGUGGAAUUGCUAUUAAAUUACAGAGUAAAGGCAAGAAAAAUCAAAGAAGAAGAAAUGGGAGUAACGCAACCACUUCCCACAUCAAAAAGAAAAAUUUCAAGUGGAAUACAAAGGUUAAUGUCUAGUUUAAAUUUUAGAAGUAAAACAUUUGAUAAAAAAGAUGACAAUAUGAUAUGUCCGCUAAAUUUAGAUUUAUAUUGCAAUAAUGCAACUGAAACUGCUUUACACGCUGCAGUAAAAGGCAAACACACGGAAGUAGUAACGGCUUUAUUAAUGGGAGGUGCCGAUCCUAAUUUACUUGUAAAAGUUCCUUAUGAUCAAAAUGAUGCAGAAAGUAAUUACUCUAGUGCAUUAGUUAUAGCAUGCCAACAACGUGAUAUAAAAAUUGCAGAUCUUUUACUGAAGUACGGUGCUGUAGAUAAUACGUGUAAGGCAAUUAAAAUCGCUGCACAAAAUCGAGACGAGCCAUUAACAGCUAAACUUCUAUCUAUAAAGGCUUACCCUGACUCAGAAUACAAAAUCAAUAAAAAAGCUAUGACGGAAUGUACUCAAACUUCUCAUUUCUCGGCAUUAUCUUCUUUCGGAAACGUUACAUAUUCAACGUUAUUUCCAAAUACUCCAACAAUGAUAAACUGGCAUGAUCAACAAUGUCGUCUGUCGCAAAUACGAUCACAAUGGUUAACUGAUGCUGUAUUACAUGUAAACAAAAAAUUGAGCGCUAAAAACAAUGAUUUAGUGUUGUACGCUAUUACCAGGAUAGAUAUUUCUCAUAAUUCAAUUACUUCCGUACCAUCCACUAUAUUUUAUUUACAAAGUUUACGACACCUAAAUAUGGCUCAAAAUAAAAUAGAUACUCUGACUGCUGAACCAAAAAAUUCAAAGGACAAAUUAUGUCCUGUCCUAGAAGAGAUGUAUCUACAAUACAACCGAUUGGAACAAUUACCUGAAUUUAUAAUGAAUUUACCUAGUUUAGAAAUAAUGGAUGUUUCAAACAAUAAAUUGCAGUGUCUUCCAGACAACUUAUGGCGAGCACCAAAGCUGAAAGAACUAAAUGCGUCAUUUAAUUUACUGAAAGAUUUACCUAGUCAAGUGUCUCAAAAUAUUUCACGAAAACCACAGCGAGAAGACUGUUUAAACAAUAGUCCAAGCAGUCGAAGCUUGGCAGCACAGUUUGCUAUUUCACGUGAAGACUCGUUAGAGUUUGAAUCUUUCACUAAAAUAGCAAAUGCACAAAUAAUUGAAAUGGAUCGUCCUCAUGUUUGGACCAAAUCUGUUCAAGUUUCGGAAAAAAUUUCAGAUGAUAAUGAAGGUGGGGCUAGAUCAGUAUUAGCAUCCUUAAACCUGGCACAUAACUUGUUCAAUAGUAUACCAGUAGCAUUGCCAUGUUUAGCUGUUAAUUUGGUAAGAUUGAAUAUGGCUUAUAACUCUCUUCGGUCCAUGAGCCAUAUUACUUCGUAUCCAGCAAGUUUGAAACAGCUCGAUUUAUCUAAUAAUCAGAUUUCUCGAUGGCCCAGCUUACCACAAGUGGAUGGUGCAGAUUUGAUGGAACAAGCAAAUACUGCGUGUUAUUCUCCUGCUACAAACGUACAAUCUCCAAUAGUUCCAGGCAGUAGCAGGCAAACAGCAACCUCUUUGCGCGAUGUAGUUCUCAUGUCGGUUUGCACGCAUAGACGCCACUUGCGUUUAGAAAAUUUAAGAACCUUGAUCCUUGCUAAUAACUCGUUAAACAGGAUUCAAUUAACUUCCGUUGAUGACGGGGAAAUGCCAAAUUUAGAAGAAGAGAAUAUAGAUAAAGACACGAAAAUAACUUAUUCUGGUUCGAAGUUGUACCUUCUUUUCCCUAAUGUCAGUAUGCUGGAUGUUAGCAAUAAUAAAUUGAAAGAAAUCCCAGAAAACAUUUAUGAACUCAGUAAUCUCUCUGUCUUGAACAUAAGUAGUAAUCCCGAUAUCGUUGAAUUACCACCACAGAUGGGAUUAUUGUCCCGUUUGUGGAAUUUAAAUACUCAAGGCUGCCGAUUACAAGAACCUUUGAAGACUAUGAUUGAAUCAAAAAAAUAUAAAACAAUGGAUGUUGUUGGCUAUUUAAAAUCAAUUCUGGAGGAUGCUAAACCAUAUGCUCGAAUGAAGUUAAUGAUUGUGGGUAUCCAAGGUAUCGGUAAAACUAGUUUGCUGGAACAAUUAAGACAAGAAGGCGAAGUUCCAAAUAAAAAGAAAGCAUCCGAGCACUGGGCGAAAAGAAUGGGUAACAAAAACAUCAACGCGAAGACUGCCAGAGGAACGACGAUAUCCACUGUCGGUGUUGACAUUGGAGAUUGGAUUUAUGAAAAAAAAGUGAGGGGUCAAUCUUCUCACGGCCCAGUUUACUUUAGAACAUGGGAUUUUGGUGGACAAAGGGAAUAUUAUGCAACACAUCAAUAUUUCUUAUCAAAACGUAGUUUGUAUUUGGUUGUGUGGAGAAUUACGGAUGGUUUCAAAGGUGUAUCUGAAAUAUUUCAGUGGUUGGUAAAUAUUCAGAGCAGAGCACCAAACUCACCAGUGAUUAUAGUUGGUACUCAUUAUGAUAUAUCGUACGAACAUAGUGAGGCUUUGCAACAAUAUAUUCGCGAUAAGUUCAUAAAUGUCGUCGAUGCUGAAAAAUGCGGCUUACCGAAAGUUAUGGAAACUAUUGAAGUAAGCUGUAAAACGAGGCAUAAUAUAAAAAUGCUGUGUAAUUUGAUAUACGACGUUGUGUUUAGUCUGAGAUCUCCUGGGAGUAAAGAAUUACUACUCGAGCAGAAAGUUCCUGCCAGUUAUCUUGCCUUGGAAGACGUAGUGAUACAACUUGCGCAUGAUAAAAAGUUAUCAGGUGCAGAUCCAGUGUUAAAAGCUGAUCAGUACUAUGCAGCUGUAAAUAAUGAACUUCAGAAACUACAUAGGUCAUUUAGGGAUCCUGCAGAAUUACACCAAGCAACGCUUUUUCUCCAUGAAAACGGUAUUAUUUUACAUUACGACGAUGCUACUCUAAAAGAUUUAUACUUUCUUGAUCCUCAGUGGCUUUGUGACAUGUUAGCACAUGUAGUAACAAUACGUGAAAUUAAUCCUUUCGCUAGAUCUGGUAUAAUGAAACUGGACGAUAUUCAACACGUUUUUAAGUCAUCAACGAUAUCAUCUAUUGACACGCAAGGAUAUAUUGUUAGCUUAUUAAACAAAUUUGAAGUUGCAUUAACAUGGGAUUAUCGUACUUUGCUAAUACCUUCCUUAUUACCAACUGAAGAAGAUGUUUUAAGGAAUAAUCAAAUAAUUAAAAUACCGGUGAAAACACGAGGUUGGCAUGUACGGUCCAAAAAAAUUACUUCUCCCAUGAUGACAUUUCAAAAUUUCUCUGGAGAUAAAUUAACUACAGAAUGUGUGUUAACAUCCAGGUCACAGCCAGAUUGCUCGGUUACAAGAUUGCUUUUAAUGUCAUAUUUUCCAAGUGGAUUUUGGUCGAGACUUAUAACUAGGAUUUUAGCCGAUGAUGCUAUUGUUGAAAUUGUGAUGUCGUUCUUAGCACCAUUUAAAGAUUUUGUCGAUGAUAAUAUUUUUACAAGUUUACUAAAUACACAAGCAGAAUGGGUACUUUGGCAAACAGGAAUAGAACUAAGAUAUGCUAAUAUUACUUUACUACGUCUUAAGGAAGUCAAUUACAGUUUUAAAAAUGUACCAUAUGAUUACAGACAAUUUAAGUUUAAGCUAAAACAAGAUGGCAUAUGGUGUACGGUAGAUUUAAAAAAUUCGGCAAUUUUAGAGAUUUGGUUUCCAGUCGAUACUUUAGUAAUCAAACAACCUAUAAUGUCAGAUUCAGUUGAAGAAGAACCAAUGGGCUAUCAAGCAAUCGUAGUUGAACCUCGUCCAGAAAGUAUGCCACAAUUAUUAGCACUUAUAGUUGAUCAUAUUGAUAUUUUAUUAGAAGAUUGGUAUCCUACAUUAGGAACUCGUUUUGUCCAUACAUCUGAGGGUAAAUUAUUAGUUACUCGGUUAAUACCAUGUCCGCGGUGUUUAUUAAAUAAUGGAGAAAAUGAAAACGAAAUUAAUGAUAACGAUCGUUUAGCAGAAGACAUUCAAAAAUAUUAUAUUAACAGAGAAAGACAAAGUCAAGAUAGUUAUAAGUCUGAUGGUGAUAGUGGCGUAGGAUACGAUAGUUUAACAUCAAGUAGAAUGCCAUCUUUAGAAGGUCACCCAGAUGUUGCUAAACAGAAUACCCAUUCAGAAAGUAUUCUAGCAUAUUCCUGGAUGGUGGAAGAAUGUAUUUUGUCUGCUUAUAGUAAUAAACCAAUUAGUUGUCCUAAGCACUUUGAUAUACCGUUAUCACAUGUUGCUCCAGAUAUUAUUUUUAUGGACCUUGGGUCAAAGCACUUAAUAAAAUCAGAAGAUAUUAAAUUAGGAAAACUUUUAGGUCGAGGUGCAUUUGGAUUUGUUUUUAAAGGUAUCUGUCGUUUACCUGGAACAUAUCAAAAGGUCGACGUUGCAAUCAAAAUGUUACAACCAGUACCACCUGGUCCAAAUUCAAAACAAUCCGCAGUUCUUGCUUACAAAGCUGCACAAAGCAAAUGGGAUCGAGAUCCUUUGCAAUAUGCUUGUAAAGCGUAUUGCACUGCUAGGCAGGAGUUGAAUAUUUUAUUAACAUUAAGACAUAUAAAUAUUGUACCUUUAAUUGGAAUAGUAAUUAGUCCAUUAGCGUUAGUAUUAGAUUUAGCACCAGAAGGUGCAUUGGAUAGUGUACUAAAAAAUUACAGACGCUCAGGUGCUAAAUUAGAUCCAUAUACAUUACAAGCUAUAAUUCUUCAAGUAGCAAAGGCUGUAGAAUAUCUUCAUCAGCAACAUGUAAUUUACAGGGAUUUAAAAUCUGAAAAUGUACUAGUUUGGCAGAUGCCUUUACCAUUUCAAAAUCACCCUGAACAUCCUGUCCAUGUUAAGGUAGCUGAUUAUGGCAUAUCUAGAUUAACGUUACCAACUGGUGCUAAAGGAUUUGGAGGAACUGAAGGAUUUAUGGCACCUGAAAUUAUUAAAUAUAAUGGAGAAGAAGAAUACACUGAAAAAGUUGAUUCCUUUUCAUUUGGAAUGUUCAUAUAUGAAUUAAUUACUUUAAGACAACCAUUUGAAGGUCAUGAGGCAGUUAAAGAAUGUAUUUUAGAAGGUGGAAGACCACCAUUAACAUACAGAGAAACGUUUCAUCCUUGUUAUGCUCUUGAUUUAAUGGUUAUAUGUUGGGCUCAAAAUCCUAAAGAUCGACCAACUGCAAGUCAAAUAGUUUCUAUUGCAUCUGCACCUGAAUUUACUCAUCUUAUAGAUGUUAUAUUAUUAACAGAGAGAACUCAAGUAACUGCUAUUACUAUGACAAAUAAAACUAUAGAAGAAAAUAUAAAUGGAGAUGAAAUUUGGUUUGGACAUAAUAAUGGUGAAGUUGAUAUGCUAUUAGGAACACAGAAAGGAUGGUUACAACAUGUUAGAAUUGAAACUCCAAUAAUACCAUAUGCUAUGUGUGGAGUUGAUGGAUACAUAUGGAUUGGUGAUAAUACAGGACAAGUGCAUGUUUAUUUGGGUAGUAAUUUUGGUUGUGUUGCUAGUUAUAAUCUAGAACCUAAUCACAGCAUAGAAUCUAAAGUAGUAGGUUUAAUUUACUUAGAACAGUUAAAACAAUUUGCAGUAGCACUGCAUAGUGGAAAAGUAUUUUUGUUAUCAAAUUCUUUCACCCAAAUGAAAAAAAUGGAAAUUGUUAACAGUAUACAGGACAAUAUAAAAACGUAUUCUUUAGCAGCUGUUCAUAAAAAAAAACGUGUAUUAGAAUUAUGGGUUGGACAAAGCUUUGGUAAAAUAUCCAUUUAUGUUUUAAAAGACACUAGUUUAAUAGACACAGUACAAAUUUGUCAUGUGACUGGAGAGGCAGCUGUUAAAAAUUUAUUUGCAACAUACUUACUAAGCGCUGAAAAUUCCAUCUUAUCAUAUACAUACCCUGGGUGUAUUGUAUAUCAAUGGGAUGUGGAUACUAGGCAAAUAAUAAAUAAAUUGGAUAUGUCAAAGUUAGUACCUUGUUCAGAGAGUCUAAAGUCCAUUUCUAUUGAAGAGAACUUAUCGACAGAAAAGUGCCAAGUAACAGCUCUUGAAACUUGUAGGAAUCAGUUGUAUAUUGGUACUACUUGGGGAUGUAUUGUAGUGGCUGAAUGUAACUCUCUUAGACCAAUUACUGUUUUCAGACCAUUUGAGGGUAAAGUAUGUCAAAUAAUAUCAUUUAAAUCAACGGAUGAGAAAAAAUUAGUACUGGCAACAGUUGGUCAGGGUUAUAGAAGUUUAAUCUCACGUUACAUAGAUUUUCCAAUUGAUAAUUUAGAUGUAGACGAUCUUAAACAUAGCAUGUAUGCCCUAUUAUGGAGAUCUGAACAUUGGUCAGCAGCUUAAGUAUAGUUUUCUUGAAUAAUAUAAUGUUAAGAGUGCUUUAUGGUGCAAAGAUAAAGGGUGAUAUAACUGGUUGAAAAUUCUAUACGUCCAUGGUAUACUUUAGUCUCUAGGCUUUAAGCUUUCUAUUUUGCCUCAUAUAAUAUUUUUUAAACUAAAAGUAAAAAUAUUUAUUCUUUAAUCUGUCCAAGUUGUACGGUGCUUGAUAGCAAAAUUAUUUGCAAGAUUCUCAUUUGCAAAAUAAACAUAAUUGAAGCAAGAUAUUUUGAUCUUUAUGUGAUAUAGCACAGUUUUAUAAUUUACAAGUACUUAGGUUUGCAAGAUAAUGAUACACUGAUUUGAUAAAA